AUGGCGUCUCGACUGCUUGUCCCGCGCCUCUCCCUCGCGUCCCGAACAAUCAGAGCUCUCCCCCAAUUCCAAUCGAGAUCAUUCCAGUCAACGAGCCGGAGAUUUCAAGAAGCUGGCGCCACGACGUCGGUACCUGUGAAAAAGCCCAUGGGAGCUUUCCGAGGAGGGCUGUUUGGGUUCUUACUCGGUUCGACCCUGGCAGGCGCGUCCGUCUACUAUUACAUCCUUGAGGAGUACAAGGUUUCCAAUGAGCUGUUGACGGAAGAUAUCUAUGCACUACAAGCCGCCGUACAACGAAUCCACUCGUACGUAACGGAACUGGAAAACAGGAUGAACCAGACGAAGAAAUGA